AUGUCCGAGAAAACGCAAAAAGACAUUUUCACGCUGUUUGACAGACAGGCCAAAGGCACGAUUUCGAAACAGCAGCUUGGUGACUACCUGAGAGCCAUCGGCUUCAACCCCACAAACGCACUGGUAGAAGAGGUGGGUGCCGACGCCGCGGACGCGCUAACACUUGAGGAAACUACAGCUUUGGUCACACAGCACCGUGACGCGUUGGAGAAGACCACACAAGGCAAGGUGGACGACUUCAUCAAAGCUUUCCAGGUCUUUGACAAGGAAAACAAGGGCAAGGUAUCUGUUGGAGACAUCCGGUACAUGCUGACCGGACUGGGUGAGAGACUUUCAGACGCCGAGGUCGAUGAGCUGCUGAAAGGCGUCGAGGUUGACUCCGAUGGCGGCGUCGACUACCGCAAGUUCAUCGAGGACAUCUUGAGGCAGUGA